ACGCGCGAGUCUACCGAACUUCUCUCUCUCUCUCUCUCUCUCUCUCUCUCUCUCUCUCUCUCUCUCUCUCUCUCUCUCUCUGUGUCUCUGUGACACGUGUCCAGGCUUCAUGGUGUAGGAUUUUUGCGAGUGCAGUACGCGCGAUAUGGCGUCGGCGAAGAGUGGGGCGUCGACAUCGACAGGGUCGAAGUCUAGUAAGUUCAAGGUUCCGCUACUGACAGAUCCCGGAGGAGAUCGUGAUUCGCCCGUGAUUGACCGCACCUCGUCCGACGACGGUGGGGCGCAAGCAACCAACCCUGGUCCGCGAUUGAACGCCCAGCAAUUCCAGUUCCCGGCGGCGAAACGCGCGUUCAAACGGCCGUUUACGCCUCCGCUUGUCAGUGCGCCGCGGUCUUCGGCUGGGAAUGCGGAAGAAGAAUCUAGCGGGAAGGAGACCGAGGAUGCCCGGGGCCAACGCGCUGAUCAGAAGCGAAUCGGUGCUGCCAGUAAGGGGCCGCUGACAGUGCCCGGAAAGCCGCCUCCGUUCAAGCGACGGGCGCUGGUGUCGGCAAGAAGAACAGUCAUCGCACCUGCAACUGAGGAAGAAGGUGGUGUUGGCGGAGAGAGUAGAGGGAAUGCCGAAGAUGUGAGAGCGCGAACGCGCACACAAGGAGGUUCACAUGAUGCUGACAUCCCGCGUGCGCCGUCUCGGACACAUCCUCAUCCAAUCAGCGGGAGCUCUGUCGCAAGUGAGAGGGAGGGCGGCUCAACUGCUGCAGCAGAAAAGGGGCCUCCUGCAGCGGCGAAAAUUCCCAUCUCCAUCGGCAAUUCCGAGAACAAGAGCGAUGCACAAAUGGUAACCGUUGCGGGUGCCGGACGAACAACGUCAGAUAGCGUUAUGAUCCAUGCAUCUCCUCCUCCUCCUCCUCCUCCUCCUCCUCCGUUUCAUGCUGUCGUGGAUGGUGGCGGUGCUACAGGAAGAGGAAGCAGCAAGGGCGCACCUGCAGCGGCCGGGCAAACGACAGCGUGUGCGACAGACAGUAGUGCUCACGCUGGCGUCAAACAUGUUGACGAUGAAGGCAUUUCCGGGGACGUGGGGGGUUCUGGAUGCACUAUGGCGAUGGCAGCUUCGGCGGGAAAGAGGCUGUCAUCGUUUAUAGCCCCCAGGCGCAAGGGUCUGCUGCAUGUGUUGUCCAGUGGACGCGCCAGCGGCUCAGGGAGCGAGACGACUGCUGGGAACGGGAGACCUCCCGUAAAUCAUGGAGUUCCAGAGGCGGAAGAGGCCAAUUACUUCAGCGUUAUGUAUUGCCAGCCUAAACGAAACUCCAAGCGAAAGGGUCCCUGGUCUGAUGGGGUAUUUGUUGUGCGCAGUCGUACCACGCUUCUUCAAGAUAUGGAGGGUAAAGAACUGGCCAAGGGAGAUGCUCGCGGGUGCAAGAAUCUUCAGGAGGGUGCCACCGCUCGAGCAGGAACUUAUGAAGUCGAGGUAAUGGGGAAAGUGGACAAGAAAGACUAUGAAAGCGGGUCCAUAUUUGUUGGAGAUGCUUCUGAUGCACCACUGGGCUCUUCUGCGGCAGUGUUGAAGCCCAUGAAGAAACUGCAGUCCCAGACCCUGGAGGUGCUUCCACAGCGGAAAAGGUGCGAUGGAUGGUCCCUGCAAUGGACACUGUAUAAGGCAAAAUGUCUUCAGUGCCAAACAAGCUCAGAUUUCAUUUGUGGAUCGCUUGACAAGGUACUGACCCACAGAUAGAUAGCCCCCAAAAGAGGACAAUCAUUGCACAAUAAUUAAACCACCAGUCUGUUUCCCAGCUAGUUGUCAUAACACACCGGUCAACUCAGUGCAAAAUUGCGGGUACGGCCACCAGGAUGAAAAAGCCUGGCGCCGCCAGGCAAGUUGCACGUUGCAACGGUCUGGAAGAAAUUGACCCGUGACAAAAGUCUGUGUCAGAAAAAGUGGCUCAGAAGGACCGGUGGUUUAAUGGAAGGUUCAUGAUGUCUUACCAAAGUUGUGCUUCAAGCUCUGAAUCUCACUCUCUCCCUCUCUCUCAAUGUUUGAAAUGUCUAUAAUGCCUUUCCCAGUAAUGAAUGAAGUGUCAUCAA